CGGGCGGAGAGAUGAGCGAGUGAGAGAUCGAGGAUGGCACCCUCGGCCGUGGUCGUGCCCAUUGUCACCGCUGCCGCUGCCGCCGGCGUCGCAGCCGAUCGCCGCCAUUUCUCCUCUCCUUGUUCGCCGCACAACUGGAAGAGGAGGAAUCGCCCGCCCGGCGAGGACGAUGGAGCGUCAGCGAGUGGCUGUGGCGCUGUGGACAGGGCUGCAUUGCGCUGCUGGAGCUGGAGGGGCCAUGGACUGGCAAGGUCUGGGAAGCUGUGGAUCGUGAGAGCGGCGGAUAGAAAUGGUGGUGAAGCCGGUCAAAAUGCUGAGGAUGCCAGCGUGCGAGCAGCAGUCGACGAGGGUCAGAGGCUACUGGCUUUGCAAAAGGAGCUUCUUGAACAGGUCACCGAACGAAAGAAGCUCCUCAACACCUUGACGCAGGAGUUUGGUACCACGAAAGAGAAGGAAAACUCCAGUCCAUUCGAGCCUAGCGAUGGAGAAGUCAGUCCGGCAAGUGUACCUGGAAUCGGUGCUUGGCCGCCGCAGUCAAUGCGGCCUCCUCAAUCAAGCCCGGCACCUUCACCUUCGGUACUUGUACCGGCAGAACCGCGGGUGGUUCGUCCCCCUGGCUCCGGCUUGGACGAGGCCAGAGCCGGCUCUGGAUCACCCAUCCAGAAGAAAGUUUUGGAUGAGGCACCGCCACUGGCCGGAACCAAUGUCAUGAAUGUGGUCAUUGUGGCGUGCGAGUGCGCACCGUGGUCUAAGACCGGUGGGCUUGGCGAUGUCGUGGGGGCAUUACCAAAGGCGUUGGCACGGAGGGGUCACCGUGUUAUGGCUGUCGCUCCUCGUUACAAGAAUUACGUCGAAGCAUGGGAGACGGGUGUGCGAAAGGUGUAUAACGUAGCUGGACAGGACAUGGAAGUUGGCUACUUUCAUGCCUACAUCGAUGGUGUGGACUUUGUGUUUGUGGACUCGCCUGUGUUCCAUGGCUGGUGUCACGACAUCUAUGGCGGCUCCAGGGAGGACGUACUGGCUCGCAUGAUUCUCCUGUGUAAAGCGGCUGUUGAGAUUCCGUGGCAUGUCCCUUGCGGUGGCGUCUGCUACGGGGAUGGGAACCUCGUGUUUAUUGCAAACGACUGGCACACGGCUCUGCUGCCCGUUUACCUGCAGGCGUACUACCGUGACAAUCAGCUCAUGCAGUAUACGCGCUCUGUCUUGGUCAUUCACAACAUUGCGCAUCAGGGACGUGGGCCUCUGAGUGACUUCGGAAAGCUUGGGCUGCCAGACCACUUCCGGGACAAGUUUGCUCUCUACGAUCCAAUCGGAGGGGAACACAUGAACAUCUUCAUGGCGGGUAUCCUCACGGCACACCGAGUGAUUGCGGUGAGCCAUGGCUACGCUUGGGAGUGCCAGACUCAGGAAGGCGGCUGGGGGCUGGACAGCGUGAUGCGAGAGAACUCGUGGAAGCUCAAGGGCGUGGUUAACGGCAUUGACGACUCGGAGUGGAACCCCGAGGUGGACAAGUGCCUCGUCGGCGAUGGCUACAAGCAGUACAGCAGCGCGAGCCUCGAGACUGGGAAAGCCGCUUGCAAGGCGGCGCUGCAAAAGGAGCUGGGACUCCCGGUGCGACCCGACGUGCCGCUGCUGGGAUUCAUUGGGAGGCUCGACUACCAGAAGGGCGUGGACAUCAUCGCCGAGGCGAUACCGUGGAUGAUGGGCCACGACGUCCAGUUGGUGCUGCUGGGAACGGGCAGGCCCGACCUGGAGGAGCUACUACGCUCGUUUGAGGCCAAGCACCGGGACAAGGUGCGUGGAUGGGUGGGAUUCUCGGUCAAGACUGCGCACCGGAUCACUGCCGGCGUGGACAUCCUGCUCAUGCCAUCGCGUUUCGAGCCGUGCGGCCUCAACCAGCUCUACGCCAUGAGGUAUGGCACGGUGCCCGUGGUGCAUGCCGUCGGGGGCCUCCGGGACACGGUGACGCCCUUUGAUCCCUUCACGAACUCGGGGCUGGGCUGGACGUUUGAUCGGGCGGAGGCGUCGGCCAUGACGCAUGCGAUCGGGAAUGCGAUGUGGACGUACAGGGACUACAAGGAGAGCUGGAGGGGGAUUCAGCUGAGGGGCAUGAAGCAGGACUUGAGCUGGGAUCACGCCGCGCAGCAGUACGAGGAGGUGCUGCUGGCCGCCAAGUUCCAGUGGUAGCACAAGAAAUAAGUAAGAGCUGUUUUGCUCACCUAGGGCUUUGGAUUUCAUUGAGAUGCAGCACGAGGUGGACCAGCGGACGCUCUUUCUGGUAGGCAGUGUGAAUGAAAUCAGUGACAAUCUGAUGUAUCAGGUGAAUGUCUUUAUAAUCAACACGGUGGAGCUCCUCAA